AUGGCGAAGGCUGAUGCCGACGUUGACAACGACAACGUUGAUGCCGACGACACUUACAAUGAGGAUGAAUCCGACGACAACGACGACGCUGACACCGACGAUGCUGAUGCUGACGCCGACGACACUUACAAUGACGAUGAAACCGACGACGCUGACGCCGACAAACCUGACACCGAUGCUCACACCGACGACACUUACACCGACGAUGCUAACGCCGACGAUGACACCUACACUGAUGACGACACCGACGAACCUGACGCCGGUACUAAAACCGACGAUACCGGGGACACUGACACCGACUGUGACAACGACGACACCGACAACACUGACACUGACACCGACAAUGACACCGACGACAUCGAUGAACCUGCCGCUGACGCUGACACCGACGACGUUUCUGACGGGAAUCGUCUUCUUGCAUGUGUAAUUAUAGUCACACAAGUGUUUAUUUUACCAAAAUAUGUUAACGGCAAGAUCAGACUCAUCCCACUCCAAAGGAAAACUUACAUUGACGAUUUUCUUCAUAGUAAAAUACAACCACCUGAAUUUCAAGAGAGAGAUUUUACUCCUGAUCAGAUCAAUGCAAAUGAAGAUAAUCCAUACUUCAUCUUACAAAGUCACAAACCAACAUAUGAAGAUGGUUCAUAUUUGCGCAAAAGGACAAUACCGUUGGACGUCAACAGCAUUCUAUUACCCGAAGCAGCGUCUAGGAUGUUUGAAACGGAGGAACCAUCUGCUACCGUAGAAUAUGCAACUUUGCAACCGCUCAGAACUAGACCUAAACCGAUUAAAAGCUUGUCUUUUGUAUCGCCCUUCGUGCCGUCCAGAUUUUACGCAAAGCGAAGUCAAGUUUUGUCAGAAGACCAUCCUACAGAAGUGGAUCCGAAUGAUGAAGAAAUUGUGGACGAUUCUUACAUUGCACAUGUUUUUGGGCGUCGUAAGAGAGAUGAUGAUAGCUUCAAAAAUAAAAAGAUGAUUACGUGA